CCAAAAAGUACUGUCGCAAUGGUGGUGAUAUCAGAGGGUAAUACCAUGGUGUUUUAUGAUUACCAUGAAAAAUCCUGGUAAUGCCUUUUGGACACGUUUUUGUUUGAACUAUGGCAGCUGAAGUCUCAGCAACUCUUUUUAAUGCUAUUCAAUCUACAGAGAAAGACAGACUAGACUAUGUAGAUGAUUACCAGGACCUCUACACUACCUCAGAGACUCUGGACAUUGAGCUCUUCCAGAUCCCCUCUGUUGGGCUGUUUGCUGCUAUGGCUCAUCGGGCUAACAAACCGGGCUCUGCCAUCUACCGCUGGAACCACGGCCACUUCCAGCUCUACCAGAACAUCAGCACCUUUAAAGCCCAGGCAUGGAAGCAAUUCACUGUAGGGCGGAAGAUGUUCUUGGCGGUGUCGAACUCCGUGGGCCCAGCGGACGGAGAGCGAGAGCUGUCUGUGAUCUAUCGGUGGAGUAAUAAGAGGCUGAAGUUUGUGCGUUAUCAGACCCUGGAGACACACAGCGCUCGUGACUGGGAGGCCUUUCAUAUUAAUAAUGAAGCUUUUUUAGCUGUGGCUAAUCACAGAACAGAGAAUGGCAAUCACAACAUUGACAGCGUUGUUUAUAAGUGGAACCCAGGCACCAAGACGUUUGAGGUGAACCAAACCAUCUCGACAUCAGGAGCUUAUGACUGGGAAUUUUUCACCGUAGGGCCCUACCACUUCCUAGCAGUGGCCAAUGCAUUUGAUGGCACCUCCACCCAAACAGAUUCAUCCAUCUACAUCUGGCUUGGUGGAGCUUUUCAGCUUUUUCAGACUAUAAGGGUGAGUUUAGAAAGCAUGUCAUUUCAAAAUGCCUGUGAUGGACACGAGGCACUGGAACUUUCUGAUGGCUUAAAAUCAAGUGGCUCAUUCUGAAACUUGAUGAUCAUCUAGAACUUAUUUAAUUUGAAUGGAAACACUGGGGUAAAUGGGGUACAUUUCUAUCCCCAGUUGCACAAUAAGAAUUAUAUUGCAGGUAAAUGAAGUGGAAAAUCAUAACAAAUGAAAAAACGAUGAAUGAUGGACUCAUGUAGGUGUUUAGCAGUUGCAGCAUGUUAUUUUAAAGUUACCCGACACCUGUUCUCACAGAAUCUCCUUGGGACAUGUAGUAUUGCUGGGGUUGUUUAAGUAUAGCUUUAACCACUGUAAAAGUGGUUGAACUAGGUAUU